AUGCCAUCCAAACUCAAUCCGAGGACGAAAGAUGUGGAGUUCGGGGGAAGCCUGGGCGCGAUAGCGAUAUCGGUAGGUUUACCGAUUCUAACGAUCAUCCUUAAUCAGAUGGUGAGGCCCGACUAUUAUAUCAAGGGCUUCUUCAGUAAUUUCCAUCUAGCUGAGUUGUGGAACGGAAUAAAACCUUCAAACUAUUAUUUCACCAGAUUCGAUCUCUGGACAUACUACACUACUUGGCACGUUGUACUGGCUGUUCUAGAUGUCAUACUACCGGGCAAAAGGAUGAAUGGCGUUGAGCUGAGAGAUGGAACUAAACUGCCUUACAAGAUCAAUGGUAUUGCAGUUUCCGCAGCAAUGGUCUUGGUCCUGGCCUUUAGAUGGCAAUUGACUAAAGGCCAAUUGCCAGAAUUGCAGUUCCUGUAUGAGAACCACGUUGACUUGUGCAUCAUCACUAUCCUUUUCGCACUGCUUCUUUCCUUUUAUUGUUACAUUGCAAGUUUCGUUCCACUGUUUCGUAAGAAUGGUUGCAAGACAAAUGAAAAGAUACUAGCCUUGGGCGGUAAUACUGGGAAUCCCAUUUAUGAUUGGUUCAUCGGCAGAGAAUUGAACCCCAGAAUUGGACCUUUGGAUAUAAAGAUGUUUUGCGAAUUGAGGCCCGGUAUGUUGCUGUGGUUACUCAUUAAUUUAUCCUGUCUCCAUCACCACUACUUGAAGACCGGUGAGCUGAAUAAUGCCUUGCUGCUGGUGAACCUGUUGCAAGGUUUCUAUAUUUUUGACGGUGUCCUAAACGAAGAAGGCGUGUUGACAAUGAUGGACAUCACUACUGAUGGAUUCGGGUUCAUGUUAGCCUUCGGUGAUCUUACAUUGGUACCCUUCACUUAUUGCUUACAAGCACGUUAUCUGAGUGUCUCACCAAUCACGCUUAGUAACUACCAGCUGAUGAUCAUCCUCGGGCUCAUGACUUUGGGAUUUUAUAUUUUCCGUGCAGCCAAUAAGCAGAAAUCGGACUUCCGGCAAGGCAAACUGCCACACUUGAAGAGCAUAGCCACCAAGCGCGGUACCAGGCUACUAUGCGAUGGAUGGUGGGCCAAGUCGCAACACAUCAAUUAUUUUGGUGACUGGCUGGUAUCAUUAAGUUGGUGCUUGACCACCUGGUUCCAGACGCCGCUGACUUACUAUUAUUCCGCCUAUUUUGCUGCAUUGCUCAUUCACCGCCAACAGAGAGACGAGCACAAGUGCCGCGAAAAGUACCAGGCAAGCUGGCAAGAAUACGAGAAGCAAGUUCCAUAUAAGAUUGUUCCUUAUGUAUACUGA